AUGGCAUUUCCCAGCAGAUUCCUGUUGGGGGUUUGCUGCUUUGCCUGGCUGUGUCUUCUUAUUAGCCUUAGCUCUCAGGCUUCCACGGGAGAAUCCCAGGCUGGAGCCAGUGAAAAUUUGGAGUCUGAGGCAGACCCCUGGUCCUUGCUGUUGCCUGUAGAUGGGACUGACAGGUCUGGCCUCUUGCCCCCCCUCUUCAAGGUUCUCUCUGAUAGGCGAGGUGAGACCCCUAAGCUGCAGCCUGACUCUAGAGCUCUCUACUACAUGAAAAAGCUCUAUAAGACGUAUGCUACCAAAGAGGGGGUUCCUAAGCCCAGCAGAAGUCACCUCUACAAUACCGUCCGGCUCUUCAGCCCCUGUGCCCAGCAGGAGCAGGCUCCCAGCAACCAGAUGACAGGACCCCUGCCAAUGGUGGACCUACUAUUUAACCUGGACCGGGUGACUGCCAUGGAACACUUACUCAAAUCGGUCUUGCUAUACACUCUGAACAACUCUGCUGCUUCCUCCUCCACUGUGACCUGUGUGUGUGACCUUGUGGUAAAGGAGCCCAUGUCUUCCAGCAAGGCUCCCCCAAGAGCGCCAUACUCAUUUACCCUGAGGAAACACAGGUGGAUUGAGAUGGAUGUGACCUCCCUCCUUCAGCCCCUGGUGGCCUCGAGCGAGAGGAGCAUUCACCUAUCUGUCAAUUUUACAUGCACAAGAGACCAGGCCCCAGAGGACGGAACGUUUAAUAUGCCUCUCUCAGUGCCGCCCUCGCUCAUCUUGUAUCUCAAUGACACGAGUACCCAGGCCUACCAUUCCUGGCAGUCCCUUCAGUCCACCCGGAGGCAUUCACAGCAUCCCGGCCAGGGCAGUGUGACUACCCGUCCUGUGGAAGAGGAGGCUACUGAGGUAGAACGAUCUCCUCGGCACCGUCGGGGACAGAAAACCCUCAGCUCAGAAACAAAGAAGCCACUUACAGCAUCCUUCAAUCUCAGUGAAUACUUCAGACAGUUUCUUUUCCCUCAAAACGAGUGUGAACUCCAUGAUUUCAGACUGAGUUUUAGUCAGCUCAAAUGGGACAACUGGAUCGUGGCUCCGCACAGAUACAACCCUAGGUACUGUAAAGGGGACUGUCCCCGGGCGGUCAGGCAUCGGUACGGCUCUCCUGUGCACACCAUGGUCCAGAAUAUCAUCUAUGAGAAGCUGGACCCCUCAGUGCCAAGGCCUUCAUGUGUGCCCGGCAAAUACAGCCCCUUGAGCGUGUUGACCAUUGAACCCGAUGGCUCCAUUGCUUACAAAGAGUACGAAGAUAUGAUAGCUACAAGGUGCACCUGUCGUUAGAAUGGGGCGCUCUACAACACCUGAGCCUGUCUGACAGAGCAGUGCCAUGGGCCUUAGAGGGCCUGAGCAGAGAGCUUCAUGUGACCAAUCUUU